GACCUGCUGCGCUUUUCUCACAGAGUGAUUACGAGAGAAAUUUUUUGCAGAGCCGAAGUGAAAGAGAAAGAAAGGGAAGAACCAAAAACAAAGAAACCCAUUUUCAAUCUCAUCUCAGUGAACAAACCUCCGAUUCAGAAACCAGCUCCACUUCCGUCGUCUUCUCGGAGUUUGAUUUCUGUUUUUUCCCCUUCUGAGGCUCAGAAAUGGAGCAGAUCAUGGCUGUGUACAAGAUUCAGACCUGUGGGAUAGUGUAGGUGUUUUGGGGUUGAGCGAUUUUUCGCUGUUCCUGCUCCGCUAAACACUACUCCCACUUCUUCCCCCUUUCGUUUCUUUUUUCAGCUUUCGGCUCGCCGGAGCAUGGCUUGCCGGAGAAAAAUCGUCGGAAAUCUUGACCCACAGAGGAAGAGGAGCGGUGGUUUGAGAACGAAGCAGGCGGGGAGAGGAUCGUGCCGCGGAAGUUAGAAAUUGGAAUGGAGAAAUCCGAAAAAGCUUGGGAAAUGUACUGUCUCUCCGGCGCUUGAGCAUUUUCCAAUUCUUGUUCUCUACUGUAUCCUGUCGGAUUUGGAAAAGUAUUCUCGUUUCAGAAACAAAAGAAAAACAUUGGGUUCGAGCUCUCCAGCCAUGGGUUUUUUGCUAAAAGAGAUUCUCAAGGCUCUGUGCGGUUCGAAUCAGUGGUCUUAUGCUGUGUUCUGGAAGAUCGGCUGCCAAAAUUCCAAGCUCCUGAUUUGGGAAGAAUACCAUUGCCAACUCUUGCCCAGCUUCGAGUUUUCUGGAAGUGGGAGUUCCAAAUUACCCCUUGGGGAGUUCGAAGGAUGUUGGGGGUAUUCCCAAAAUUCCUCCACGAAGCAGGCGAAUCAUAUGGAGGACAAACUUUAUUCGCUAAUUAACAGAAUGAUGUUGAAUAAACAGAUUAGUCUAGUAGGUGAAGGGAUUGUUGGGCGAGCUGCAUUUACAGGAAACCAUCAUUGGAUUCUGUCAACCAAUUACUCCAGGGAUGCCUAUCCAACAGAGGUUCUUAAUGAGUUGCAUCAACAAUUUUUUGCUGGCAUGCAGACUGUUGCAGUUAUUCCUGUUCUUCCUCAUGGAGUUGUACAACUAGGCUCAUCCUUUCCUAUCAUGGAAAACUUGAUGUUCGUGAACAAUGUAAGGAGUUUGAUACUGCAGUUAGGGUCUGUACCUGGUGCUCUUCUAUCUGAGAAUUAUGAUGGAAAAGACCCAGUUGAGAAAAUAGGCGUGCCUGUGGCUUUGGGAAUGGCUGGACUUACAGACCCUUAUCGAAAUUGCAACAUGAUAAAACCGUCAUUGAUGGAUGACAAUUGCAACCGGCAAGAAAAUUCAUUGCUAGCUUCUAGGCCUGGUCAGCAAUCUAAUUAUGGGUUCAGAGAGGUUCAGUUGAAUCAUCUUGCUGCGUCUUCAACAUCUCAAAAUUCGCAAUUGACCCAAGCUUCGGUGAUGCCUUGUAAUAGUCUUGGUCAACCAAAAGUUACUCAACUGAUGAAGCCAAAUCUCCCUCCAAGAGACAAUUUGGAGUAUGGACGCGUUAGAGCAGAAGUGAUUCUCCCAAAUUCCGAGGCACGGUUUCAUCAGCAGUCUUCUAGUUCUUUUUACAACUCCCAAUCUGGCGUCUUUCCAUCAAGUGCUGUUCAUGGCAGCCUGAAAUUAGUUGGAAAUCAGAAUUUUGCUGCUGCUAGUGCUCAGCAAGAUGCUUAUAACUGUUUAAAUCCAUCAAAUAGUUGUAACCUGUCUCAAUUGGUGGCACAUGGUGUAAGAACCAUCGAUAUUGAAAAGAGUUCUAUGACCACUCCAUUAGUUGAAAGUAGACAAUCAAAGGAAAGGAAAAGUAGCAGUUUAAAACCAUUUUCUGUUCCGGUCUCUCUUUCUAAUGACUGCAUAGCAACUGACAAAAGUGUUUACGGAGGCGAGCAGGGUGGAAUGGAGGUACAAAACGUGCUCGAGUCCAAGGCAGAAGAGAGUUCUUUAUCUGGUGGGGUAGAUUGCUCGGUUACAACAGGUCAACUGAUACUAGAGAACUCCAGUGGAAAAGAAAGUUUGGCAGCCAUGAAGUGUCCUCAAAUGAAGCUAGCUCCAUCAGUUUCAGAGUCAAAUCGAGAUAAUGAUUUAUUUGAAGCCCUUAAUACUACCUGGACUCAACUGGAGAGUGCCAUGUCCUUGAAUGACUACAUGCCUGGUCUUGCCAAUGAUUACCUGAACCAUUUUUGUGGAUUUGAGAGCCCGAAACUACCACACAUAAAAAAUGAACCAACACGUGCUCUACCUUCUACGGGGGAUGACUUGUUUGAUAUUCUAGGUGUGGAGUACAAAAAUAAACUACUCACUCGCAACUGGAAUAGUUUAUCUGAGAAUGCACAAACUGAAGACAGGCAGAAUUCUGGUGUAUCUCAGAUAAUGAACAAGCUCGAGGCUGGAUUGAGCUCGAAUAUCUCUUCCACAUGUAGGAAGGUAUCAGAAUCUGGAAUCAAUUCCAUGACAGCCUCUGACCAACUUUUAGAUGCUGUAGUUUCCAGAGGUCACUCUGCCAUCAAGCAGAGUUCAGAUGAUAGCACAUCUUGUAGGACAACAUUGACUAAAAUCAGUAGCUCCUCUGGACCGAUUAGCUCGAUUUAUCGACAGCCCAGUGCAUCCAAUCACUUGCAGAGGGGAGUUUUUAGCAUCCCCAAGUCGAUGGGUGAAGUAGGGACACCAGAUAAUAGUUCUUUCAUAUCUGGAUGUAGACGAAACGAUAUGGCAAAUUGUUCUCAAAGUUCUUCAGUAUAUGGAUCUCAAAUCAGUUCAUGGGUUGAACAGGGAGAUAACUUGAAGCGUGACAGUAGCGUGUCGACUGCCUAUUCUAAGAGGCCUGAUGAAGUGAAUAAAUCGAGUCGCAAAAGGCUUAAACCGGGAGAGAAUCCUAGACCAAGGCCGAAAGAUCGCCAGAUGAUACAAGAUCGUGUUAAGGAGUUGCGGGAGAUUGUCCCAAAUGGGGCAAAAUGUAGCAUAGAUGCAUUACUUGAAAGAACCAUCAAACAUAUGCUUUUCCUACAAAGUGUCACAAAGCAUGCUGACAAGUUAAAACAGACUGGAGAGUCUAAGAUCAUUAGCAAAGAAGGUGGACUUUUUUUAAAAGACAACUUUGAGGGCGGGGCGACGUGGGCGUUUGAGGUUGGUUCACAAACUAUGGUCUGCCCUAUCGUAGUCGAGGAUUUGAAUCCGCCACGUCAGAUGCUUGUGGAGAUGCUUUGUGAAGAGAGGGGUUUCUUUUUGGAAAUUGCUGAUUUGAUCCGUGGAAUGGGCUUGACCAUACUGAAAGGAGUAAUGGAGGCACGGGACGACAAGAUAUGGGCGCGGUUUGCUGUUGAGGCUAACCGGGAUGUGACUCGGAUGGAGAUCUUCAUGUCGCUCGUUCACCUGUUGGAGCAGACACUGAAAGGCAACAACGUAUCGAUGGCAAACGCGAUAGAUAACAGCCAUAUGAUCGUUCACAACUCCUUCCCUCAGCCAACCCCGAUCCCUGCAACCGGCAGGCCCAGUAGCUUGCAGUGAAGCAGCUGCCUACUAUACAACUUCUCAUGGGGAUGUUGAGAGCGAGCCUCGGUAUCGAUAUUGCUUGCUAUGACUAACAUGUUUCCAGUCCCAAGAUCUCUGGUUGUUCUAACUCUUUAUUUCUCAGCAGUUUAUUAUAAAACUAGAGAUGUAAUUUGCAACAAGUCAGUAUUAGAGGGGGAAGAUUUGUUUAGUGUAUUUUAGGAGUGUGUUAUUCUCUAUGAAUGUAUAACUGUUUUGAUGAAAUUGAGGCUGCUGCUGUUCUCUCUAUUUCAAGCCAUUCAGCCAUUUGAAACAUAUUCACUGUAUAAGAUCAUAAAUUAUGUUUUCGUUUCA